AUGCGCUGGAUGGCGACCAUAGUAUUGUUAGUAGCAUUGGGCUUGGAUCUUGUUCAGUUCUCCUCUCAUUCCAUGGCGAUGGCUCUGGAGGAAGCCUGCCUUCCACAGCCGCCAUUGCUGAGAACCACUGAGAAGAAGGCUGUGGAUUAUCUAGUGAAAGGACUGGAGGAGGUGGAACCUGCCUUUGCUGAUGCGUUCGAUGGGUUGAUGUAUGCAGGUCUCCUUCCUGUUGCCAAUGACGAACCAGAGGACGACAACGACACCAACAGCACGGCAGAGUUCAUGUUUUGGCUCUUUGUUCCGCAUCAGCCAACCGUUCCAGACACUAUGGUGUUGUGGCUGAAUGGUGGUCCUGGGUGCUCUUCCAUUUUGGGAGGCGUUCUGCUGGAAAAUGGUCCCGUGACACUUGGACAUCAACCCACGGGAUCCUGUUGUCUCGAUCCAAGCGCUCCCUUGCGGAAAAAUCCACAUGCAUGGACUCAGUCAACUGUCAUGCUCUAUGUAGAACAACCUACCAAUGUGGGAUUUUCUCGUGGCGGAAAGCAACCGCAAAGCGAAGACGGCAUUAGCCGAGACUUUUACGGCUUUUUGCAAUCCUUCUACACGGUAUUUUCCGACUUGACAAACCACAGACUCAGCUUGUUUGGCGAGAGCUACGCUGGCUACUUUGUACCUGCCAUUGCUCAUCGCAUUGCCGAGGAAAACGAAUGCAUCAAGACCAGCGAGGACAACAAUUCACGCAUCAGAAUCCCACUGGAUAGCAUUGGAAUUGGCAAUGGUUGGAUGGAUGCUACGGUUCAGGGUCCUGCCGUUAUUGAUUAUGCAUGGUGGCACGGUAUGAUUGACUCGUAUACAAGAGAUGUCUUUCAUCAAGAGUGGAAAUCGUGCUUUGACAACUGGAAUGACCAACAGGACCGAAGCGAGCCACCUCCGUUUCAUUCCUUUACAUUACCCGAUGAAUGUGGCAUUAUGGAGGCCAUACUGGCCGCAGCGGGGCGUGACGUCCUUCCGGAUGGUCUUUCACCCAAUGAAUACGAUGUAACGACAUUUGACCCGUACGCCGUCAUUGGCGGACACGACACGACAUUCACCAAGUUCAUGAAUCACCCAAAGGUCAAAGAGGCCUUGAAUGUUCCAGAGGAUAGUGCAGAAUGGGUGGGGUGCAUACAGGGAGCAGGUAGAAGACGACAACUAACACAAUUGAGACAACUGGCACUAUUGGAUCAAGACAAACCAGUCUCCGUAGUUCCAUAUGUUGCAGAACUGCUCGAUCGAUGGAACAUUCGGGUUCUCGUCUACAACGGGGACGAUGAUAUGAGUACCAAUGCUCAAGGGAGCGAAGUACUCUUGAACCAGAUGCAAUGGAGUGGUCACAAAGCUUGGAAGGUAGCUUCCCGAGGGAUUUGGAUGCUACGGAACAAGACUGUCGCUGGCUUCUCCAAAAAAUAUGGAAACUUGACCUUUCUUGUCGUGAAGAACAGCGGUCAUUUGGUGCCAUUGAAUCAACCAUUGCAAGCGCUGGAUUUGGUGGAGAGGUUCCUGCAAAACCAACCGUUUUGGGAUAUUCCCCUGCCAUCCUUUGUUUUGUCGUCUUCGUCAAAAACCCUAUCCGGGUCCGCUUCGUGGCCAUCACUAGAUGGUGGCGAGCACGACAACAUCAAUAAGCACAGAGGCCACCGUGGCAGACUCUGGAGAUGGGUUCUGGGGCAGUUUGCGUUUGCAGUGGUCUGUUUUGCUGCUGGAGCCAUGGCGGCGCGCUCAUGGCGCCGACAAGGCUACCAGCAGCUACAAAGGUCAGACACAACCAAAGUUUAG